UUUCUCUCUGCAGGGUUCGUCCUCGGAGGAGCUUUCGGUGUUUUCACCGCCGGCAUCGACACCAACGUCGGCUUCGACCCCAAAGACCCUCUGAGAACGCCGACGGCACGAGAAGUCCUCAAAGACAUGGGACAGAGGGGGAUGUCCUACGCCAAGAACUUCGCCAUCGUGGGCGCCAUGUUCUCCUGCACAGAGUGCAUCAUAGAAUCAGUACGUCGCUCCGCGUCUCCUCGCUGUGCGCUGCCGUCAUACUGACGUCAUGUAA